AUGCCGAACACGAUGAUCUCUUCCCUCCAGCGCCUGACAAUGAGAGGUCCUAGGCUUAAGGGGGCCCUGUCCAACCCCUUCUUUGUGCUACUGUUGACCCUCCAAAUUCUGGUGGUAGCUGGGCUAGUCCGUGCCCAGACAUGCCCUUCUGUCUGUUCUUGCAGCAAUCAGUUCAGCAAGGUAAUCUGCACACGCCGGAGCUUGCGUGAUGUCCCUGAUGGCAUCUCCACCAACACACGUUACCUGAACCUUCAGGACAACCUCAUUCAGGUAAUUAAGGUGGACAGCUUCAAGCACCUGCGCCAUCUAGAGAUCCUCCAACUGAGCAAGAACCAUAUACGCAACAUAGAGAUUGGUGCCUUUAAUGGGUUGGCCAGUCUCAACACUCUGGAACUCUUUGACAACCGGCUCACUACCAUCCCCAACGGAGCAUUUGAGUACUUGUCCAAGCUGAAGGAGCUUUGGUUACGGAAUAAUCCCAUUGAAAGCAUCCCGUCUUAUGCCUUCAACCGCGUACCCUCAUUGCGAAGGUUAGACCUGGGUGAGCUUAAGCGAUUGUCCUACAUCUCAGAUGGAGCUUUCAAAGACCUGAGCAACUUGCGCUACUUAAACCUUGGCAUGUGUAACCUUAAAGAGAUCCCUAACAUCUUACCUUUGGUGCGGCUUGAAGAGCUGGAAAUGUCAGGAAACCAGCUCACAGUCAUUCAGCCAAGCUCCUUUACCGGGUUAGCAAACCUUCAGAAGUUGUGGAUGAUGCAUUCCCAGAUCCAAAUAAUUGAGCGAAACUCUUUUGACGACCUCCAGUCUUUAGUAGAGCUCAACCUGGCACACAACAACCUCACCUUGCUUCCACAUGACCUCUUCACCCCAUUGCAUCGUCUAGAGCGUGUCCAUCUUCACCACAAUCCUUGGAAUUGCAACUGUGACAUCUUGUGGCUCAGCUGGUGGCUAAAGGAGACAGUCCCUGCUAACACCAGUUGCUGUGCCCGAUGCCAUACCCCGACCAGCUACAAGGGCCGCUAUAUUGGGGAGCUGGAGCACAGCUACUUCCAGUGCGAUGUCCCCGUAAUCCUGGAGCCACCUGCUGACCUCAAUGUUACAGAAGGUAUGGGCGCAGAGCUCAAGUGUAGGACAAGCUCGUUGACAUCCAUCAGCUGGUUGACACCUAACGGUUCAUUGGUGACACACGGAGCAUAUAAGGUGCGCUUGGCAGUCCUAAACGAUGGGACACUGAACUUCACCAGUGUGACCAUGCAGGACACUGGGACUUAUACCUGCAUGGUUAGCAACACAGCAGGCAACAUAUCUGCCUCUGCAGUGCUAAAUGUGACUUCCGUAGAAAAUAGUGGGGUCACUUAUUUUACCACAGUCACAGUGGAAACUACUGAGUCAUUUGCAGAUGAGAGCCAGACACAGGCACUUCCACCUUAUGGCUGGGUGUCAUCUUCAACCACCAGGGGGCCCCUGGUUUCAACAAGGACCACAGAACUGACAUACACUAUCCCUGUUCUGGACCUGGAUGGAGAGGGUGCCCUCAAUGGCCUUGAUGAAGUAAUGAAGACUACAAAGAUCAUCAUUGGUUGCUUUGUCGCUAUUACACUCAUGGCUGCCGUUUUACUGGUCAUUUUCUACAAGAUGAGGAAGCAACAUCAUCAGCAGGAUCCUGAUGGCCCUGCCUCCUCCAUGGAGGUCAUCACUGUGGAGGAAGAGUUGGCAGGGGUUGCCGCCAUGGAAACUCACUUAUCUCUGCCCCCAUUGGAUCACUACAACCACUAUAACACUUACAAGAGUGCUUAUCACCAUCCCCCCAUGAUGAGCUCCUUGCACAGCUCGGCCACACAAGAACCUUUACUUAUUCAAGCCAGCUCAAAAGACAAUGUGCAAGAGACCCAAAUUUGAUUUAGCAUCAUUCUAGUCAAAUUCUGUAUUUCACAUCUGAUACAGGGAGUACGAGGGGCCAAAUGAGGAGGAAUAACUUGACAUACUGUGACACAUGUGAAAUGUGUCAUCAACUGAAAAUGGAGGAUGCGCUGUUUCAAAAAGUGUCUUUACAAAACAACGAUUAUUUAUUAAAAGUAUGUC